GCACCUGAGUCCUGGCCUCGCUCUUUCCUCGCGGAACAAACAUGAGCUUCAGCGCCCAGUCCACCUUCUCCAGCUACCGGUCCCUGGGCUCCGCGCAGUCACCUGGCCACGGGGUCCGACCGGUCAGCAGCGCUGCCAGCGUCUAUGCAGGCGCCGGGGGCUCGGGCUCCCGGAUCUCCAUGUCCCGCUCCACCAGCGUCCGGGGCGGCUGGGGGUCCGGGAACCUGGGCGCCGGGAUGGCCGGGGGUCUGGUGGGUGUAGGGGGCAUCCAGGGCGAGAAGGAGACCAUGCAAGACCUGAAUGACCGCCUGGCCUCCUACCUGGAGAAUGUGAGGAGCCUGGAGGCCGAUAAUAGGAGACUGGAGAGCAAAAUCCGGGAACACCUGGAGAAGAAGGGACCCCAGGUCAGAGACUGGGGGCACUACUUGAAGACCAUCGAGGACCUGAGGCUUCAGAUUUUUGCAAGUUCUGUGGACAAUGCCCGCAUCGUUCUGCAGAUCGAUAAUGCCCGUCUUGCUGCUGAUGACUUCAGAGUCAAGUAUGAGACAGAGCUGGCCAUGCGCCAGUCUGUGGAGAGUGACAUCCACAGGCUCCGCAAGGUCAUUGAUGACACCAAUGUCACCCGGCUGCAGCUGGAGACUGAGAUCGAGGCUCUCAAGGAGGAGCUGCUGUUCAUGAAGAAGAACCACGAGGAGGAAGUAAAGGGUCUACAAAACCAGAUUGCCAACUCUGGGUUGACCGUGGAGUUGGAUGCCCCCAAAGCUCAGGACCUCGGCAAGAUCAUGGCAGACAUCCGGGCCCAGUAUGACGAGCUGGCUCAGAAGAACCGAGAGGAGCUGGACAAGUACUGGUCCCAGCAGAUUGAGGAGAGCACCACAGUGGUCACCUCGAAGACCGCUGAGAUAGGAGCUGCUGAGAUGACACUCACGGAACUGAGACGCACUCUCCAGUCCCUGGAGAUCGACCUGGACUCCAUGAGAAAUCUGAAGGCCAGCCUGGAGAACAGCCUGAGGGAAGUGGAGGCCCGCUAUGCCAUGCAGAUGGAGCAGCUCAAUGGUGUCCUCCUGCACCUGGAGUCAGAGCUGGCCGAGACCCGGGCGGAGGGGCAACGCCAGACCCAGGAGUACGAGGCCCUGCUGAACAUCAAGGUCAAGCUAGAGGCUGAGAUCAACACCUACCGCCGCCUCCUGGAAGAUGGGGAGGACUUCAGUCUUGCUGACGCCGUGGACAGCUGCAACUCCAUGCAAACCAUCCAGAAGACCACCACCCUGAAGUUCGUGGACGGCAAAGUGGUGUCUGAGACCUCAGACACCAAAGUUCUGAGGCAUUGAGUCAGCAGAAACGGGG